AUGGCGCACAAAGUUGUUCUCUUUCUCCUCCCUUUUGUCUUGCUUUUCAUCAUUAAUGACCACAGAAGCUUUGCCAGAGAUAUGAAGAUUCAGCAAGAGAAUGAAAAACAAGCUGAUCAACCUUAUCUUGAUGGUUGGUUGAAAGAUAGUCAAGUAAAGUCGACCCCCAACGCCAAUCCAGCUUAUCUUGAUGGAUGGUUAAAAGAUGGCCAAAAAGCAAAAUUCAUCCCAAAUGGCAACCAAGCUUACAUUGAUGGAUGGUUGAAAGAUAACCAAGCUGAGAAGGCAAAAUCCACCUUAAACUCCAACCAAGUUUACCUUGAUGGCUGGUUGAAAGAUAGCCAAACAAAGUCGACUCGAAACUCCAACCAAGUUUACCUUGAUGGAUGGUUGAAAGAUGGUCAAAAGGAGAAAUCCAACCCCAACUCCAACCAAGUUUAUCUUGAUGGCUGGUUGAAAGAUAGCCAAGAAAAAUCCAACCAUAAAUCCAAUCAAAUUUACGUUGAUGGUUGGUUGAAAGACAACCAAGCAAAGUCGACCCCCAACUCCAACCAAGUUUACCUUGAUGGAUGGUUGAAAGAUGUUUAUCUUGAUGGAUGGUUGAAAGAUGGCCAAAAGGAAACAUCAACCCCUAACGCCAAGCAAGCCGAGAAAACAAAAUCCACCCCUAACUCCAACCAAGUUUACCUUGAUGGAUGGUUGAAAGAUAACCAUGACAAAUCCAACCCUAACUUCAAUAAUGUUUACCUUGAUGGCUGGUUGAAAGAUGGCCAAAAAGUAAUAUCCACCCCGAACUCCAACCAAGCUUACCUUGAUGGAUGGUUGAAAGAAAGUCAAGCCGAGAAAGCAAAAUCCACCCCUGACUCCAAACAAGUUUAUCUUGAUGGAUGGUUAAAAGAUAGCCAAGUUGAAAAAACAAAAGCUACCCACAUCUCGACUCAAGCUUACCUUGAUGGUUUGUUGAAAAACUCACACGCAGAACCAAUUGAUAAAUUAUCUUCUAAAGUUGACCAUACAGAGGCAUUCAAGAUGGCUUUUUUCGCUAUAGAAGAUAUGUAUGCAGGGAAUGUAAUGACCUUGUCAUUUCCUAUCAGAGAAUAUGCUAAUUUCUUGCCAAAAAAAGUAGCCGACUCCAUUCCUUUAUCCAAGUCACAAGUACCAAGCCUUCUUCAACUAUUUAAGCUUACAAAAGAUUCUCCCCAAGGUGAAGACAUGCAAGACAUAAUUGAUCAAUGUGAAUCUCCACUACAAAAAGGGGAGACCAAAGCUUGUCCUACUUCAAUCGAGUCUAUGGUUGAAUUUGUUCAUAGUGUCAUUGGUUCUGACGCCAAAUAUAACGUUCUCACAACUCAAUACCCCACAACAUCAGGUGCAGCUUUGCAGAACUACACCAUUUUGAAAGUAUCAAAGGAUAUCUAUGCUCCUAAAUGGGUAGCUUGUCACCCAAGGCCUUACCCUUAUGCUCUUUACUAUUGCCACUAUCUAGACAUAGGAAGCAGGAUCUUCAAAGUUCUUCUAAAGGGUCAAUAUGGAGACACUAUGGAUGCUUUGGCCAUUUGCCACCUAGACACAUCUGACAUGCCUCCUAAUCAUAUCAUAUUCAAGUAUCUUGGAAUGAAGCCCGGGGAAGGUCCACUAUGUCAUUUCUUCCCUGUAAAGCACGUUGUUUGGGUGCCACUCCCAUCAGAGGCCUCCAACUAAAAAGAAAGGAACUAACUUAUGUCUUUGUUGAUUGUAUUUC